UGUGAGGAGGAGCCACAGUCUACCGCCAGUUUUCAAGACUAGAUUGUAUGUAUAAUAUUACACUGGAAGUCUGUGAUGUCAGAUGUUCACAUCAUAACUCCUGGCACAAAGUCAGACGUGCUCAGUUUGACCACCUGAGCAAGAGGACAUGCUAUACACAGGUCACAGACUGAAGGUGAUGAUGUUGAUGUGGAUUACAGUGACGUUUUUUAAUAAAAUUGAUUCUGCACAGACAAACGAUAUCAGUCAGCCGGACCCAAUGAUCACUGCUGGUGUGGGUGAUAACGUGACUCUGCACUGCUUUAGACUGAGAGAAGAUAACUCUGGAUCCAUCGUCUGGUACAAGCAAAAAGUCGGACACGAGCCUUGUGUAAUGGUCACAGUUCUACAGGAAACCAGUUUCGAAGAUGAGUUCAAGUCACCGAGAUUCAGCAUCGAGAAAGAAAAAAGGAACUACCAUUUAAAAAUUAUUAACGUGGAACCAUCAGAUGAAGCCGUGUAUUACUGUGGAUAUAGAAAAUUUUUAACAAGGUUUGGAAAUGGAACAUAUUUAUCAGUGAAAGGUGAUGGAGAUGUAAAAGUGUCAGUGUUCCAGAGCGGCGUGUCGGACUCGGUUCCUGCAGGAGCGUCAGUGACUCUGCAGUGCUCGGUUCUCUCUGAGAGCAGAUCAGCAGAACUCCAAGUGCUCUGGUUCAGAGCUGCUCCACCACAAUCCCAUCCUCAAAUCAUUUACACUCAUCAUGACAGCAGCCACCAGUGUGAGAGCGGCUCUUCUACACACACCCGUGUGUACAACUUCUCCAAUAACAUCCUCAGCCUCAAUGAUACUGGAACUUACUACUGCGCUGUGGCCGUGUGUGGGAAGAUCAUUUUCGGGAACGGGACACGAGUACAGUUGGAGAGAUCUGGGGAUCCUGUAGUGAUCUACCUCGCUGUAGCUUUGGGAGUGUGUGUGGUCGUGAUCUUUGCUUUGAUCUUUGUCAUAGCCUGUGGAGGGAGACUCUGUGAACAAAGUAAGCUGAGACUCAAACAAGGUUCUGUGAGAGACAAGACCCUCAAUCAGGACUGUGACAAUGUGGAGCUGAAUUACGCUGCCUUACAUUUCAAUGAGAGGAGAGCCAAACGAGGACGAGUGAAGAAACAACAACCUCAAGACGUUAUAUAUUCUGAUGUGCGAGGUCGUUCUAUAACGUAGAUUUGAUCUCUAUCUGAUUCAGUGUCAUUAGUUCUGUUAUCA